AUGGCAAACUUGCGAUCCCUUGCUACACGAGUGCGGAGAACAUCUCUUUUGCGAGUACCAGCGAGACAGACGAAUGAAUUCUCCACCUCUUCGCGGAAUCACUCCUAUGCCGAUACGCUUCCGAACCUGAAGAUCGGCGCACAUACCAGGGUCCUAUUCCAGGGAUUUACUGGUAGACAGGCCACUGCCAACGUGAAAGAGUCACUGGCCUGGGGAACCAAGAUCGUGGGCGGCGUAAAGCCAGGCAUAGAAGGCGAGCAUCUCGGACUUCCCGUGUUUCCCUCCGUGAGGAUGGCCCAAGAAAAAGCGAAACCAGAUGCGUCAGCCAUAUACGUACCGGGGGACCAGACAGCGAAGGCCAUCGAAGAAGCUAUUGAAGCUGAAAUUCCACUAGUCGUGGCUGUGGCGGAGCAUGUACCCAUUCAUGACCUUCUCAGAAUUCAUUCUAUGCUACAGACACAGUCCAAAACAAGGUUGGUUGGGGCGAAUUGUCCUGGUAUUAUUUCUGCAAUUGGGAAGUGUCGGAUAGGAUUCCAGCCGUUGCCCUGCUUUUCGCCUGGUAAGAUAGGUAUUGUUGCGAAGUCAGGAACUUUAAGUUAUGAGACUGUUGCGUCGACCACACGAGCGGGUCUGGGGCAAAGCCUCUGCAUCAGUAUGGGUGGCGACGUCUUGGCUGGUACUAAUUUCGUCGAUGCUCUAAAGAUUUUUGAGAGUGAUCCUGAUACAGAGGGCAUCAUUCUGGUAGGGGAGAUUGGUGGCACGGCGGAGAUUGACGCUGCAGAAUGGAUCAAGGUUUAUAAUCGAAGAACUGCGAAUCCCAAGCCCAUCAUGGCUCUGGUCGGCGGGCUUCAUGCACCACCUGGGCGGAUCAUGGGCCAUGCCGGCGCAUGGACAGCUCUUGGGGAACCCGAUGCAAAGUCGAAAUACCAAGCUCUUGAGCGUGCCGGCGCAGUUAUGGUCAACCAUCCAGAGAAGUUUGGAGAAGGGAUGAAGACUCUACUCAGCAAUCGAUCACGUAUUCAACCCACGCAGUCAAGUAAGGCUCCAAACCAGAAAAAAGGUCUACAUACGAUGCGACGUGUAUCCAUGAAUCGUGAACAAAAAACCCUUCCAUCAAAGCAAACCCGAUCUCUCUUUAUCAAAGAAUUUCAAGCCAUCGAUAUGCUGAGGGAGAAGUCUAUCUCCAUCCAUGAAGCAAACCCCUCAGAUUCCGACAUCUUCCUAUCCCUCACCAUCGACAGAACAUCGUUGUCCCCCUGCGUUAUAGCUUCAACAGACACCAAUUUCGCAUCUGCCCACACCGGCAGAUUCCCCUUUGCCUACUCUACUACAGAAAUCAGCAACAAAUCCUCAACAAUUAAAUCAAUCGCUUCCCACCUCCAACUCCCCGAAACCAUACACCAAAAACUAGCAGAACUAGUCCAAGCCCUAUGGGAAAUCUUCAAAGAAAAAGAAGCCUACUUACUGGAAAUUCGAGCCAAACCGUCGACAGGAGGAAUAUUACAAAUCCAAAAAGCCCGCUUUGGCUUUGACGACGCCGCAUUCAGAAGUUCAGGCCGACAAAAAGAGGUCCACAGCCUUCGAAACCCAGCCGAAGAAGUCCGCGAGGAAGUCGAGGCCGAGAAACACGGCAUAGUCUACGUGAAAUUACAGGGAGAAGGCAGUAUCGGGACCCUUGUAAACGGCGCCGGACUCGCCAUGAACACGGUAGAUGCGCUCACCAUCCACGGCGGCCACUGUGCCAACUUCUUGGACACGGGAGGCAAGGCGACGUCCGAGACAGUCAAGUCGUCAUUCCGGGUUAUAACCUCCGAUCCGCGGGUAAGAGCUAUUUUUGUAAAUAUCUUCGGGGGGUUGACGCGGUGUGAUAUGAUUGCGGAGGGGAUUAUCAUGGCUUUCAGGGAUUUGGAAAUGAGUGUUCCGGUGGUUGUGAGACUAAGGGGGACGAAUGAAGAACAAGGACAGCGAAUGAUCGCUGAGAGUGGACUUCCACUUCAUGCGUUUGAUAGCUUUGAGGAAGCGGCGAAGAAGGUGAUUGGCUUAGCGGGGUGA